AUGCCUGCUUCAACGGUGGAGGAGGAGAUUCAGUUAACUCCAUGGGAUCUCCAACUCCUCCUAGUUGAUCCCAUUCAAAAGGGCCUCCUCUACCGUAACGACCCGGUCACUCCACCGAUCAUAAUCCAACACCUCAAACAUUCCCUUUCAUCCACCCUUUCUUUCUUCCCACCGCUUGCGGGCCGCCUUUCCGUUACGGAACAUGACGACAACACUUCCUCCGUUUCCGUUAUUUGCAACAACUCCGGAGCAUUGUUUGUCCAUGCAGUUGCGGAUGACUACUCCGUUAACGAUAUCGUUAGUUCCGUUUACACUCCACGCUUUGUGCACUCUUUGUUCCCGCUCAACAGGGUUAGAAACCACGAAGGAACAACCAAGCCGUUGUUGGCGGUUCAAGUCACGGAGCUCAACGACGGUUACUUCAUCGGGUGCACCAUGAACCACGUUGUUGGAGACGGAACUUCCUUUUGGCAUUUCAUGAACUCUUGGGCUGAGAUCUCACGUGGUUCGGAAAAAUUGUCCAAGCCUCCCGUGCUUGAACGCUGGUUCCUUGACAGCGGCCAUGGCUGCUCCGCGUCUGCCAUACGGGUUCCUUUGACGAAGGAGAAGAUGAUCCAAAGUGGUUACUACGGUUUCGUCUCAGAACUGCAACGCGAGAGAGUUUUCCAUUUCAGUAAAGACAAGAUCGCUGAACUCAAGACAAAAGCCAAGGCAGAACUUGAAGGCGAAAGCAAAAACAAAAUAUCUUCGCUGCAAGCGCUUUUGACUCACCUGUGGAGAUCCGUGGUUCGGAACCAGGGUCUUGAGCCCGAAGAAGAGGUGAAUUACAGGUUGCUGAUAGGUGGUAGGGGGAGAAUGAAGAGUCCGGCAUUGGCGGAAAACUAUUUUGGGAAUGCGGUGCAGGACGGAACAGUGAGCAUGAAGGUUAAAGAGCUUCUAGAAGGAGGGCUUGGAAAGGGUGCGUUGGAGAUGAGAAAGAUAGUUGAUUUGCACACGGAGGAGAAGAUGAAGAGUUAUUAUAGGGGUUGGGUGAAGAACCCUAGGCUUCUGACGGAGGGAGGCAUGGCUGGCAAUGCUUUAGUGACAAGCAGUUCGCCAAGGUUUGAUGUUUAUGGGAAUGAUUUCGGGUGGGGGAAACCGGUGGCGGUGAGAAGCGGAGCCGGGAACAAGAGCCAUGGUAAGAUAACGGUUUUUGCUGGGGCGGAAGAUGGUGUUGACAUUGAGGUUUGUCUUUCCUAUGAGAUAUUGGAAGCUAUGGGUAAUGACUGUGAAUUCAUGGAUGCCGCCUCGCUCCGCCGCCUAAUAACAAAUUGAACUUUUUCUAUCAAUUAAUUAAAGUCAUUAUCUUAUGUUUAAGUGUUUAAGUGUUUAACUCGUCAAUCAUCCACACCCUCGUCAUUGAUGAAUAAAGUGCAACAUGGAUCUAAGUUAGCUAAGUGGAUCGAACAUCAUAUUACAUCCAAUCAUGAAUAAAACGAGUGAUCAAUGAUAAUUUCUGUUCUGCCGUACGUA